AUGGCCGGGGGCGGCGGCGCCGGCGCGGAGCGGGCCCGGCCCGGAGGGUUCCUGCCGCCCGCCUGCCGACAGCCUCGCCGCAAGGAGAACCGGGAGCGGCUGUCGGUAUGCAGCAAGCUGUGCUACGCCGUCGGGGGGGCCCCGUACCAGAUCACGGGCUGCGCACUCGGCUUCUUCCUCCAGAUCUACCUCCUGGACGUAGCACAGCUGGAUCCAUUCUAUGCCUCCAUCAUCCUGUUUGUGGGGCGAGCCUGGGAUGCCAUCACAGACCCCAUGGUGGGCUUCUUCAUCAGCAAAACGUCCUGGACCCGUGUCGGCCGCCUGAUGCCCUGGAUCAUCUUCUCCACCCCGUUUGCUGUCACUGCUUACAUCCUCAUCUGGUUCGUGCCAGACAUCUCCAGGGGCCAGGUGAUGUGGUACCUCAUCUUCUACUGCGCCUUCCAGACCCUCGUCACGUGCUUCCAUGUGCCCUACUCGGCGCUGACCAUGUUCAUCAGCAGGGAGCAGAGCGAGAGGGACUCGGCCACUGCCUACCGUAUGACAGUGGAAGUGCUGGGCUCUGUGCUGGGCACUGCCAUCCAGGGCCAGAUCGUGGGCAAGGUGGAUACCCCCUGCGUGGAGGGUCCCCUCUUCACCAGCAAGCCCAACUCCUCGGUGGCCAUGGAGGAGCUGAACAUGACCCGCGACACAGGCUCCCUCACUGACACGAGAAACGCCUACAUGAUCGCUGCGGGGGUCAUCGGGGGGCUCUACGUCCUCUGUGCCAUCAUCCUGUCGGUGGGCGUGCGGGAGAGGAGAGAGUCGUCCCAGCUGCAGUCGGACGAGCCUGUCUCCUUCUUCCAGGGGCUGAAGCUGGUGAUGAACCACGGUGCCUACAUCAAGCUCAUUGCUGGCUUCCUCUUCACCUCGCUGGCCUUCAUGCUGCUGGAAGGUAACUUUGCCCUCUUCUGCACUUACACCCUGGGCUUCAGAAACGAGUUCCAGAACAUCCUCCUGGCCAUCAUGCUCUCGGCCACCUUGACCAUUCCCCUCUGGCAGUGGUUCCUCAUCCACUUUGGGAAGAAGACUGCUGUCUACCUGGGCAUCUCGUCUGCCAUCCCCUUCCUCAUCCUGGUGGCCGUCCUGGACAGUAACCUCAUCGUCACCUACAUCGUGGCUGUUGCUGCUGGGAUCAGUGUUGCAGCUGCCUUCCUCCUGCCCUGGUCCAUGCUCCCAGAUGUCAUAGAUGACUUCAAGCUGCAGCACCCUGACUCCCAUGGCCACGAAGCCAUCUUCUUCUCCUUCUAUGUCUUCUUCACCAAGUUUGCCUCUGGGGUCUCCCUGGGCAUCUCCACGCUCAGCUUAGACUUCGCAGGGUACCAGACCCGGGGCUGCUCGCAGCCCAGCGAGGUGAACACCACGCUGAAGAUGCUGGUGUCAGCCGUGCCCGUGGGGCUGAUCCUGCUGGGCCUGCUCCUCUUCAAGCUCUACCCCAUCGACGAGGAGAAGCGGCGCAAGAACAAGAAAGCCCUGCAGGAGCUCAGGGAGGAGAGCAACAGCAGCUCAGAGUCGGACAACACAGAGCUGGCCAGCAUCGUGUGACCCGGGCUGGGUCCAUCCACUCGCCCCAGGGCUCUCCAAAGAACUUGUCCCCUCCAGAGCUGGCCCAGCCUGGUACUGCCAUAGGUGUGCAGCGUGAGGAGCAGCUGGGAGAAGCCCCAAGGAGCCUGCAGUGCCUGGGACACAGGAUCUGUGCUGGUCUUGUGCCUUCCACGGGAUCCACACAGCGCUGGUAGUGUACAUUACACGAAUGACCCUCGGGGACUUGUGUGUGCCACCAGAACCAAGAUUCCCUGCUGGGUCCUGGAGAAAAGAGAGCAGAAAAGCUUGGAGUCGAGAUCCUCUUGGAGUUGGGAUCCUGUUUGCCACUCGUGCCCCGUGGGGCCAGGGGCAAUGGUUGGUGUACAUUACACUGUCAAUGUGGCCGCGCCGAGGACGUGAGCUCACCUCUGCUGCCUGUACAUAGGACACUGACUUGCAAAGCUCUUCUCCUUGGGGUUUUUUCUAGACCCCAAUUAACUUAAGGAUGUAAAUAAGCAGCACUUUGCUGUCUGUAUAUACCUGUACAGGAGCCCACCCCCAGGACCUGCUGGUGUUAAUAAAGGUGGGAGAAGCCAGGGGCGUGGGCAGAGAGGACUGGAA